UCUAAUAAACACUCAAACACUUUAGAAUCUUCAGAAAAAUUUUUGAAAGCAUCAGAAUCCUAAAAUUUAGGUGCAAAUCGCCUUUCAGAAGGCGUUCAAAAGCGAAUUUAAAUUGCUGUAGAACUUUAAACGUUUAACAAGGAUCUAAAACAGUUCAAAUCCAGAUCAGAAUUAUCAAGAGCAUUUUGGAACAAUUUAGAAACUUCAGAGUUAUUUCAGGACAAUUAUAGGAUUCAAUUUGGAACUGGAAACCUUCUAGAACUCUUUUGAACCAAUUUAGAACUUCUAAAAUGCUCCAGAGCGCUUCAAGCUAAAGUUAGAACGCUGUAGAACUUUAAUCAGCCACCUAUUAGAACGUUCCACACACUUUCCAGCAGCAUUUUGAACGGUUCAGAACAAUUUAAAAACUUCAGGAUUAUUUCAGAGAGCCUAGCGCCUGAUGGAAUAGACAAAAAUUUACAGUUAUUUAAUGAGUAAUGAAGAAUUUCAGGCACUUGAUUUGUUUGUUGAUUUUUACUUCUGACUCUUCUAAUUCUCUUCUUUCAAAAUGAAUCGUCCUAAAUGAUCAUCUAAAUAUAGUGUUUACUGGGUAGGUAGUAUGUUUUCAAAUCAAAAUUGAGCUAGAGACCAAACGAAUUGACUCAAAAACUAUUCCUACUCAUCUAAAUCAUUAACACUGCUCGUUAAGAAUUUCCAACUGACGUCACUUUAUUGCCACAAACUAAUUAACAUCUGCAAUUGGGUCAAGUGUAGCGGUCAAACAAAAUAAAUUAGAACAAAAAACAACAUCAUCAUUGAGAUGAGAUUUGCUUAGUAGAGACCUACGAGACUCAAUUUGAUUAUCGAUUAAACAUCGUUCCAACAAAGAGGGCUUCUGCUGACGUUCGUCCAGAGUUGCUCACGCCCGCUAUUCCCAGGGUUGUAUAAAAAUCGGACCCCUGUGCCGUUGCCUUGCCAGAGUAUUGAUUCGGUUUAUUUGAAAUACUCGUAAUUUGUGUAUUAGGGCAGUGUUAAACAUGUUAAUUGGUUUGUUUAUAGCGUUACUACGCUCUUUUCCUUAACUUUAAGCCCUUAUCCAUCGAUCAACAUCAUUUGCGUGCCAUCAAUAGUAUAGUGAAAACAUUUAAGUAGUGCAAACAUAAUAUCAGCAUGGAUGUGGAUAAAGCAUUAAAAUGGAUUUCGGGGGUGCAGUUAGACAAAGUGGUGGAUUAGAAACGGUAAGAGCCCUACAUCAGACAAUCGUAGCCCUUCGGCAAGCUUUAGAGCAAAGCAAAAACGAAAUUUUAGAAUUGAAAACCAAAAGUUGGCCUAGUAAUUCGGUACAAGAACUAAUACAGGCCUUGUCUAUUGAAAAUCAUGUUUUAAGACGUCAGAUUGUUGAUGCUAAUAAAUCACCCACAAAAGAAUUGGCUGAAGAAGAUUCAGAUCAUCAAUUUGCUGAUGCAGAUGAAACUGAAGACAUUCAAGAAGUGAAGCAAGCUGAUGAUGCACAUCAAGAACAAUCGAAACCUAAAAAAGUCACAAUAAUAUCUCCUAAAUCAAGCCCAAUUAGAAAACCUAUCCAACUAGAAACCAGAAUCACAAUAAAAGCAAAAAAACGCUCAAAAAAACAAUCCAAAUCACUUGAAAGUUUAACUGUAAUCAAAUCAGAUUUAGAUAAAAAAGUUUCUUUCACCAAAACCAUAAGCUUCUCAAAUCUAGCUUCAGUUAACAGAGAAAUUCGUUUUGAUGACAAUCAACCAACUAUGAGCGUUUCAAGAGAAAAUUCAGAAGAAACUGAAAAUAAUCGUUACGACGAACAACUAUUGAGCCCCCAAAAUGACUUGGACCAAGAAGUAGACGAUAUCGAACUAAUAUUCACAACGGACGAUACCAAAGAUCAAGAAUUCAAAGAAGAACUCGUACCGAUUGACAGUAGAGAAUCCAAUUCUAAUUUGUUAAACUUACCUCUUAGCGAUCUGGAUCAAAUUUCAGACCGAGAAUUGGACGAUGACGUUUUCAACGACGACACAAUCCAGCAGCAAUCGUCGUUUGAAAUGAAACGCGACAAUUCGAUAUUCAAUUCUCGUUCGGACAAUUCGAUAAAUCACGAAAAUAAAAGCCUGAAGAGUUACUAUUCAUAUCAGGAUUCCAGUUUCGAAAACAAAUCCAUAGAAAAAGAUGAGAGUUUCGAUAGGUUUGAGGAAAGGGUGCGUAUUGUGGAAACCGAUAUUUCAAAGUGCGGUAUUCAUGAAUUGGAGUAUGUUGGUACUAGACGGAAUACUUGUCCUAAUCCUCUUCAGUAUAGGCCUUUAUCACAUAGGAAUUUCAGGGAUGCAAUCACCAAAGGCCUAAACUCGAACAGAAAAUCCAGACCCAUUUUAACGCACUCGAACGCUACUAGACGCGAAUCUGGAGCUCAGACGGACAUUUCUGCGCUACCUGGAUCGGCCGCUUGGAGAUCAGAAAGCAGUCUCGCUAACAAGGCGAAAUUGGGCGAAAAUUUCACCACUCUACCUUCGAAAUAUCCAAUGCCAGGCUCCAGAUUGAGGCUAUCCGAAAAAACGGUCGAAGCCAGACGGGUUUUAUUGUCCGACAUUGGAUUCACUAGCAUGGUACCGGAAUUGUCGAGAUCAGCCGAUCAUUUGUGUCCUGGAGCACUUAAGCAACCUUCAACCGUUACUAGUUAUGGACAGUUUUUGAAGGCAACUGAUUUAUAUUCACCAGGAUGUUUGUCUCAAAAGUUUACUUGGACUGCUACAACUGCCACACCAAGCGAAUGCAGCCAAACACCGUCAAGGUAUAGUAGUAUUUAUCCUUUGUCACCUCCGGCACCUUCGAGAAGGUGUUCGGCCCCAGUGUCACCUUCUAGGAAGGCUAUGCAGAGAUGUACACCAUCAAAGGUAAGGUUUGCCAAUGGGUCUCUUCCCGAAUUACGCACAGAUUGGAAUACAAUGGAUAGUGGCGAUAGUACGGAUUCGUUAGUGGAAGAAGCUGAAAAUUAUUUGAGGAGGUCCAUAGAUUGUAUGGUGACUAGUAGAGAAUCUACACCAUAUGGUGAAAAUCGUCAUAAAACUCCUAGAAGAGCAUCAGCACCGGAACCGACUAGAGACAACGUACCACCACAAGGCUGGCAACCGUUCCUGCCACGUUUACCCCGCGACCUUAAACCUGAAAAUUGGGUAAAAGUCAUCACUCCUGAAGGAAAAGUCCGUGGUGGUAGGGUGAGGUACGUAGGACCAGUGGCCUCGCAAAGUCCGCAAGACCAUUUUGUUGGGGUUCAGUUAACUUGUCCUGAAGGAACUUGCGAUGGGACUUAUGGAGGAAGGAGGUAUUUUCAGGGGGAACCUUACCAUGGGAUUUUUGUGCCGUUUAAGAAAGUUAUUAUGGGAUGGAGACCUUAAGAGGUUUAUUGUUGGUUGUUGAAAAUUGUUGAUUUUGGUUUAGAAAAAAAAUGUGCCACUAAUGUCGUACUACAAUAAUUCAGGCCUACAUAUGUUGAAAAAAUUGAAAGCCAAAAUUUUGUAAAAAUAAUUUUUUUUGGGAAUAAAAAUUACCAAUAGGCAAUACAAUUUAUUAGCAAAUACAUAUUUCUAAAUCGUUUUUAUUUUGUCACUAUUGUAGGUUGUUCUAGUCACACACUGCUCAGUGUUUAAAUAGCAAAAUUAGCAAGACUAAUAUUAAGAUAUAAAAAAAAAAAAUUAUAGAAAAAUUAUAGAGGGUGGUGCAAUGAAGAAUUUUAUUUAGCCAUCCUGUAUAUAUUAUUUGUUAUUAUAAAACUGUUAGGACAAAAAUUUUCUUAGUUUAUACCUACAGGAGAAACCAAAAAUAUAUGUGACUUUCUACAGAGUUGUUUCGUAUAUUUUGACGCUCGUGCAGCAAGAUAGAAGUAAAUAGGAAUUUACGAGAAUUGCUAGAAAAAUAUACUUUUUUACAUACAGGAUGCAUGCAAAAUAUGUGGUAAAAAACUUGUAUACCCUGUAUAUUUUUCAAUAAUAGAAUAAUAUAGGUAUUCUUUUCCAAAAAUAUAUACCUAAUAUGUUGAUUUUUCUUUGACAAGUUUUUGAAAUAUUUUGCAUUUAAAAAUGGAUUUAAUCAAUCAAAUCACAGUUGCCAUGAACAAAAUAAUUGUCUACACGUCAUUAUUUUUUAUUGCCCAAGCUGCCUGAUGCAUGUUUUAUUCAUCUUCAGAUAAACUUGCUGGCAGAGCUGUCAAUAUUUGAAGUAAAUUACUUGAAAUUCUACUUUAAGUACAUAAGUAUAGGUACAUUCUAUAUGAAAAACAUUCUUGAAUCUUGAAUUAGCCUAUUUGAUUAUAUUUAAGCCCAUAGGUAGGUAGGUACCUUUAUUCAUAGAGAAUUCAAUGCUCUAUCAAAUGGUAUAUAAUUUAUUUGUUUUUGCUUAAAAUAGCCAUUUGGAAAUGAUGUCAGGGUUGUUUUCCACUAGUUUUUAUCCAUUUUAUCGAUUGGUAAAGUCAAAAUUGAGCAAAAUUUUUGAAAAAACAGUUUUUUAUAAGGGUACCCCCCUUUGAAUUGUGAUUUAAAAAUAUUUAAACCUCAAUUUUUCGGUAAUCGUUCGACAAAUUCUAUUGAAAUUUUCAGCAUUUAUUGCUCUUAUCAAGCUCUAAAAGACUUUGUGAUUUACAAUAUUCCCAGGUUUAUAGUUUUUGAGCAAAUUGAUCGAGUUUGAAGUUUUUGGCGAAAUUUGAACUAAAAAUCAACUUUGAGGCUCAAUUACUCAAAAACUAUUAGGGCUAUCAAAUUCAAUUUUGCACGGAUUUACAGAGAAUUUAAUGCUCUUUCUAAUGGUGUAUAAUUUAUUUCAAUUUGCUUUAAAUUUAACACAGAUAUGAGCAAUUGUUCAAGACAUGUCAAGAUUUUGAAAAUUUCCCAUAGCCAAAAAUAGGAAUUAAUUUUUAUUUUUGUUUCUGCUUGAAUGGCCAGUUGGCACUGAUGUCAAGAUUGUUUUCUACUAAUUUCGACCCGCUCUGCUAUCGAUUGGUAAAAUCAAAAUUGAGCAAAACUCAAAAAUUAAAAAAUCGAGUUUUUCAUAAGGGUACUUUUUCCACUUUUUCUCAAUUCUAAAGCGAACUUUGAGACUCAAUUGCUCAAAUACUAUUUGAGCUAUAAAUUUCAAUUUUGCACGGAUUUAUAGAGAAUUUAUUUCUCUUUCCAAUGAUAUAUAAAUUAUUUCAUUUGAUUCGAAUAUCCAACACAGAUCUGAGCAAUUAUGUCUACCGCGCCUUUUAAAUAGUAAAGGCUAUAGGUAGGUAUGGGCUUAAAUAUAAUCAAAUAUCCUGUAGGUACCUAUUUUGGAAUCAUGCUCCGCUUGAUUUUCAGAACUGAAACUGAGAUAUACAAAAUUUCACUUGAAUCGGCGCACUUUAUAACGAAAAAUUUUGAAAAUUACUGAAGCACCAAAGCACUUACUUAACAAUAAGAUAACCAGAAUAGAAUGAGGAUCGGAUUAUAUUGUAAAUAACUAAAAAAAUUACUUCAAGUCAUUUAUUUCAAGUAUUUUACAUACUUUAAGUACUAAAAUACACUUUAAGCAAUGCCACUUUAGGUACUUGAGGCUCAAUAUUUUUACUUGAAGUAAAUUAUUUGAUGAAAUUCGAGUAAGUUUUAAGUUUACUUGAUAAUCGAAGUUUAAUUUUAAAAAACUUGUACUUCAAAUACUUUUGCCAGCUCUGCUUGCUGGUCGUCAGAUUGUAUACCUGACAGUUUAUCAGAAGGUGAAUAAAUCAGCCCUAGAAUUAACAUUUUACAUAAUCGUUUCAAAAUGAUGUGUAGACAUGUAGACAAUUAUUUUCUUCAGGGCAACUGCGAUUUGGUAGAACAAUUAAAUCCAUUUUUAAACGCAAAUAAUUCAAAAACUUGUGGAAGAAAUAUCAAUGUAUUACAUAUUUUUGAAAUCAGCAAAAGAAUGUCUAUUUAAUUUUUUGAAAAAUACACAGGGUGUUCCAUUAAAAAAAUUACAAGUUGUAUUCGAGUCUGCGAAAAAGUUAGAUUUUCUAGUAGUUCUCAUAAAUCCCUAUUGACUUUCUAUCUUGCUUCAUAAGCAAACUAUAUGCUGUCAAAAUAUACAAAACAACCCUGUAGAUAUUUUUAGGUAUAAUUAUGCAUCUCUGUUGAAUUGGAAUUCGAUGUUCAAAAACCUAAAAUUCCAAUAUUUGUUUAAAAUUUGAUUUGACUUCUAAAUGAAAAAAACUAUUGUUUGAUAUGAUGAAUAAGGAAUAUUAGUGAAAAAUAACUAUGUAUAUUAUUAAAAAAAACUGUUAUUUUUUAUAAAUGCUGCUUACUUCAAAAUGCUACCUAACAUUUCAAUAAGUUUGCGUUUUUUGAGGCCUACAGAAUGCAAAUUGAAAGAAAAAAAAUUUCUGAGCAGCAUUUUGUUAUCAUCAGUAUUAAGAGACAAGACUUGCGUUAAUAAAUAAAUGUAAUAAUUUUAAACUACAGGGCUAUAAUUAAAAUAAAAAAACCUAAACAUAUCACCAUUUUUGUAUUCUUUCGUUGGCUUACUAAUAAAAAAAAAAACACACCUUACUAAUUUUUUUUUGAAGUCAAAGUUUUAUUUUAAAACAUUUAAACCUAAAUAUUAGACAAGUUACUUCCUGGCAGCGGCUUGCGGUCUGUUCUGGUCACGGUUGCCUGGGAAGUUUCUUUGCGGUGGAGUUCUGAUUCUUCUGUCAUUCUUGCUCCUGUUACGCACCACUUUGCUGUGGAUAGCGCACGAGACGCAGUAGUGAAGUUUUGCAUAGAGUUUAGGGAGAACGUACUCUGAAAUAAAUAAGG